AUGUCGCGAUCCCGGCUCGCAAAGGACAUGGACAAAAACACCAGGUAUUUCCAUAACAUAGCUUCAACAAGAAGGAGGAAUAACAGGGUUGAUGCGCUGGUAAUCAAUGGAAGGUUGGUAAGAAAUCAAGCAAGGAUAAAAAUUGCUAUCAGAGAGUUCUACAAGAAUUUAUAUCAUCAGGAAGAGUCUCCUAUGGUGGGUUUUAGGGACGGCCUGGUGGGUAUGAUAUCUGAAGAGGAUGCUGCAGCUUUAGAGAUGUUGCCUUCGGCUGAGGAGAUUAGAGAUGCAGUGUGGGACUGUGAAUCUUCUAGAGCACCAGAAAGUGAUGGAUACAACUUCAAUUUUAUCAAGAAAUGCCGGGAUCAGAUUGAGACUGAGUUCACAGCAGCUGUGGUGGGGUUCUUUCAGACUUCUAGGUUACCGGCCGAUACUAAUAUAACCUGGGUUGCUUUGACACCAAAAUUCAUUGAGGCCAAGGAGAUUAAAGACCUUCGACCAAUUAGCAUGGUGUGCCGUGUGUAUAGGUGA